AUGGCUUCUCGGAAGAAAGAAUCCUCACCGGUUCUACGAACGCCCCGAGCUCUACAGGCCAAGUCAGCCAAGUCCAAGGUCACUAAGGCGGCUGGAAUUGGGAAGAAAAAAUCGAGAACAUCAGGCCUAGCUCAAAAGAACCAAAGCAUACCCGUCGUUUCCCUUGAGAAUGGCCUAGUCAGCAUGGAAAAGACGCCCGAGAACCUGGUUGGAAUCGUGAAACGUAAUGCCAGCAACUCUCCCCUUCUCCGUCUCCCUGGCGAAAUCAGAAACCAUAUAUGGGCCCUCGCUAUGGGCGGCCACUACAUCAAAAUCGAAGAAGUCGUUUACAGAAAGACAACAGAAAGUCUCUGGAUGAAGACCACAUACCGGGCUCCGGCGAACAUCGAAGACAGAAUAUGCCCGCCAUCCGCAUUCCGCUUUCCAGAAGUCUGUCGCCAGAUCUACUCAGAGACAGCUACGCUCGGCUACAAACUCAACACCUUCGUCUUCGAUCAUUACAUCAGCUAUAAUUCAAAAUGGAUGGCUCGCUUGCUACCAGGUCAGAAAAGCGCCAUAACAUCUGUCGUGCUUGAGUCUGUGAUGUUCGAGGGAUAUGUCGCUAACAUUUCCGUCGGAUCGCUAAGGCUGACGUUACCCAAUCUAAAAAGGAUUGAGGUGCCAAGAAAUGCUCUCAGUCUCGUCAUGGUCUUCAACCGAGCUGUUGAUCCGACUGGACUGUGGACGAGUGCGCAGUGGAGAGAAUGGGUCGUGGGUGAAGUAAAAAAAAAGGAGGGCAACGACAUCGAGGUCAGCUUCCACGACGAGCAUGAGGUGUAUUGUGGUGAUGAGGGCGCAGAAAUGAGCUCCUAG